AUGCUUCCUCAUUUACGUGAUACUUCCUUUUCCAAUUUCGUUGGCCUUGCCUUGGUUAUUAGCUACAUGGUAAAUGGUAUUUUUUCUUGGAGACUUACCAAUUAUGACUUGAAAGUCUAUUCUAGUUUGUUAGGUGUUGUUUGUGGGGCUGCUGCCGUUUCAGGUGCUUGGCCCUCUUGCUUGAUUGCAGCCGUUGCUGGAGGUCUUGUUACUGCUGCUAAAGCUUUUAAUCAAGGGGGUGACACCAACGGAAACGUCAGACGUGGAAGUGGAAUUAUUCAUUUAGCCAGUAAUGGUACUGUCAUUUCUGAAAACUUCCACCCACUGCACACCACUACUGGUGUUUGGGAUAAGAUUAUCAACGAAGGAACACUGGAUGCAAAUGCGUUGGCAAAACGAGUUGCUUUAGUUUGUGGUGGUACCAAGGCUUGUGAUUUGGGUGCUGUUCUCGACGCAGAAAAUAGCGACAAAGAAUACAUUCGUUUUAUUAUUCAAAGUAUUAACAAUGGUGUGCCUUACGAUCCAAGUCCAUAA